UGGGUGUACCUUCCGAUUAUUAGUCGUUCUAAUUUCGUUACUUUGUUUCGCUUUAUUUUAUUCAAUAAAGCAGAACGUAAUAAUUGUAUAAACACCAAGAUACAGGUUUUUCCAAAAGUAUUUCGGUAUGCUAUAAAGGAUUGCAUUUACACCUAUGGGAGGGACAUCUACUAAAAUAGCAUUCGAGGUGUGUGUUGUCAGCGGUGAUUACAGUGGUGAUGAACUUGGUCCUGGAGUCAAUAUGGUUAUGUUUGACCACUGUGGGAAUCAGUCACCGACAAUUACACUGGAUAAUAUUUUUCAAAAUGACAUCGACUAUACACAAGCAAAGUUUACAAUAGAUUUACAGUCUUGGAGUCGUUUAAAAGUGUUCAAACGAUUGCAUCAUAUUGAAUUUUGGUGUACAACUCAGUCGUUUCCUCCGCCUGCUUGGUUUCUGGAUAGAGUGAUUAUCCGGGAUAGAAGGUUUGGUAUGACUGCUGAAUGGAAGUAUUUCUUCUUUCCUGUUCAUCAAUGGAUCAGUCCUGAUCAUCAAUAUGUUGUACACGACUGUGAAGCUUGGAUUCCUCAGUAUGAACCAUUUAUGGAGUUGAGAGAAGAGGAAGUUAGUAGGCGUAUGCAAUUCUUCACCUUCUUUCAACGUGCUAAAGGUCUACCUGUUGAGUUACAAGAGAUCCCGUCUUCAGAGUUAUUCUCAUCGGAUACUAGGUGGGAUAUUGAACCUUUGGUUCUUGAAGUCAUUGAGCGUACUGGUCUGGCUGAAGAAUAUACGAGUGAACAACCGUGGAGUUCUCUUGAUACGCUUGGGAAUUUCUAUAAGAAAUAUAAUAUCACUGAACCUGUGAGUUUACAGUUUUGGAUGAUGAAUGAUAUCUGCUUUGGUGCACAACGUAUUCGUGGAUGUAAUCCUUACACUAUUCAAUUAUGCCGUACAUUACCAAAAAGUUUCCAGCUAGCCGCAAACUGGUUGAAGCCUCAUCUGGAAGGUUGGACACUGCGUCAAAUGGUGUCGGCUAAUCGUUUGUACAUACUUGAUUUUCACAUAAUGGAAGGGCUGAGUUGUAAACGUGGUCGAGAAUUGUGUGCACCUUUGGCUAUUUUCUUUUAUACAGAGAAAAGACAAUUGAAACCGAUUGCAAUUCAGUUGGAUCGUAAUUCGAAUGAUACCAGUGCGAUUAUCCUUCCAACUGAUCCAGCUUCAAUUUGGUUACAAGCAAAAUUAUGGGUGAAUCUGGCCGAUGCAUGUCAUCAUAUGAUUGUUGGCCGUUUGCUAACUCAUUUAAUAUUGGAGUCAGUUUAUGUUUCACUACGACGUAAUAUGUCACAAUCACAUCCAAUUUACCAUUUAGUUGCACCACAUUUUCGUAGUAUAUUGCCGGUAACAAGGAAAUUAAAAGAAUGGACCUUUGAAAAUGGUUGGAUAUCGCGUAACAUACAGCUAUCACGCAAAGGUAUUAAACAGUUAUUAAGACGAGCAUUUAAGAAAUGGCGUUUCGAUGUUAAUGCAAAUAUCUAUCGUGAAUUGGAGUCUAGAGGGGUGUACGAUCCCAAUGGCCUAGGCAAUUAUCCAUAUCGUGAAGACGCCUUACUAAUAUAUCAUACAUUGGAACAGUUUGUAUCUAGUUAUGUUCGCCUAUUUUAUCCUGAAGGGGCUGAACAAAUAAUACACGACAAUGAAUUACAAUCUUGGAGACAUGAAAUCGCCUGUCCAAUGGAGGAAGGUGGUUUGGGUUUAGUUGGAGUUCCUGGUAGUUCAGUUAAACUUCGUUCAAAUUCAAGAGUAGGUUAUCAUCAUUCAAAUGAUAAUAAUAAUAAUACAGAAGAAGUAUUCGGCUUAACUAGUGUUGAUGAAGUCGUGAGAUUUUUAAUGGGUAUUCUAUACCUUGAUAUCAUCGUCGCUGGUUCAGCGCUUCGAUUGCCAAUGUUUGAUGAGUAUGGAUUCCCGGCACAAUAUCCUCUCAGUUUAUUUGGUCCACCUCCAUUGGAUAGAAAUACAUUUUCCGAUGGUUCACUUUCUAAUCCACAAGGCAGUGUAUUCAGCUUUUCAAGUGUACAAGGCUUAGAACAUGUUCUAGCUGCAUUGCCUAAUCGUCAAAUGACAGUAGAAACUGUCCUAUACACUAGACUGGGGAGUCGUGUUCAACAAUCAGUACUGGGACAAUUUGAAUCAGAUUUUAUAUUUCAAAAGAAGGCAGUUAUUCUAUUAGAACAAUUUCGUCAUCAACUCACUGAAAUGGCUAAACAAAUUGAUUUGAACAAUAGUGCACGUGAUAUGCAUCAUCAGUAUCGUGCUCUAGAUCCUUCAUUGAUGCCAAACUAUCCUGGAAUCUAAACGGAUCUACAAGUUCAUGUGUGGGCGUGUGCGUGGGCGUGUAGAACAAUGACAAUCUGCUGUUAGUAUUUUAAGUGCUUCUCUUCUCUCUCUCUCCUACCAUCGAAGUAUUACCCCAUAGAAUUGGGCGGAUAAACGCAGUAAACAACACAUAUCAUAGAUAUACAUAUAUAUGUUGUGAAUAAUUUUUCUUAGCGGUUUUUUCAACUUUUUUAAAAAUUAUUUUCUUUUUCCUAAUUACAAGCUACUUUGUAACAUACAUAUCGUCAUAUUAUUAUUAUUAUUUAGUGUGUGAUCGGGUUUCUUUUUGGAUCUUUUUGUGGUUCGUUCUAGACAAUCUUUACCUUUUUUUGCUUUAUUGAUUUAUUUUGAACCUAUCGUUAGUAUUAUUAUUAAUAUUAUUAAUAUUGUUGUACAUACAUAUACUCUCUGUUUCUCUCUCUUUCCCCUCUGUGUCAUGGAUUGAGUACCGAUGAUUAUAGUAUGAUGCGACUGUUUAACAUACUGAUAAACAGGAUAAUUGGCUGUGUUUCGUUGUCACGUAACAGAGAAUACCUUCCACUUUGUUGAGACUUGUGUGCUAGGCGGGGUAUGGGGUGUUAGAUGGGUGAAUGAAUGCAGUAUUGUGCUCAAUUUUAUCAAUUUAUCCAUUGUGUUUGCCACCCUCCACCCCGCGAUCACCUUGUGGGCGGCAUCCAAUCUGAUAUUUGAAACUAAUGAAAACUGCUGUUGUUGUUUUAUUACCUUUCUUGUGACAUUGAAUUCUUUUUUAAUGAAUACCAUUACGACUGCUACUACUACUACUACUACUCUGUGAUUGAUUUUUCUUGGUCUACUCACAGUAUAUAUCUUUGCACUCGCUGGCUUUUCUUCUCUCUC